AGCGAGAGGCCUUCGGUGGCGGUUGUGGUGGGACGGUCGCCUGUCGGCUCGGCCGACUCGGCCUCUCCUCAGCUGCCGAGUGGCUGCGGCCGCGCCACAGCGAAAUACGAAGAAUGGAGUCUAAACCCUCGAGAAUUCCUCGAAGGAUAUCUGUUCAGGCCUCUAGUGCUUCUCUAGGAUCUAGAACAGUGACUGGAAGCAGUUUAGCUGGUGCAUACAGUGCAAGAGAGUCUUCACGGAGGUUAGAGUCUGGAUUCCAGGAAUCAAGUGUAUUGAAUGGUUCCGGUAGAGACUGGGGUAUUGGAGAAAGAGAGGCCCAUGAAACUCCUUGGAAGCUUACAACAUCCUCUCCAACUCGCUACUCAGGGACAUUUGAUCAUCCACGGUCUGGUAGAUUUUUGGGAAGCAGAAACAGAUUGUCUACAUCUUCCUCCUCUCAUUUUACAUCUGCAUGUUAUGGUGAGUCUGAGAGAACUCAGGGAGCAUAUUCAAGACUGAAUAACCAGCAGCGAGACAGCGAUUCAAAGAGACCAAAGCUAUCUUGCACAUCUACCUCUUCUCUGAGAAACAAUAACUUGAAUGCAAUUUCAGAUUCCUCUUGGAGAUAUAGUCGUAUUCCCAGGUCUUCAUCAGUGGUGCUUGGCUCUCUGGGAACUGAGCUGGUGAGGGAACGAAGAGAGCUAGAAAGAAGAACAGAUCUAUCUCUUAAUAACCUGGUGGAUCACAGCCACAGAAGCAAUGACUUUACAUCUUCAACAUGUCAUCACGACAGGCCUGCCUCUUCUUAUGCACAGGGAGCAAGACCAAAAGAGAACACGUUAAGCACUUUGAGGCUGAACUCAUCCAUGAACCGCCAGUUGCCUUCUGAUCAUCAGUCAUCUUUUUUCCAUAGAGACUGUCAUAGGAGCUCUUCACGAUCCAGUUAUCCUUCAAGGCAAAGUAGAGGUGGAAUGGAAUCUCCCCAGAGGAGCAUGCACUCAGAAUUUUCUCAUACUGCCAUUAGAGAUGAAAAUCCUUCCUCAGAUGGUUCUGAAAGGGCUUUAUCUGCUCAGAGCUCACUGAGUGGGCCUGCAGCUGAUAGUGAAGGAAGGCGCACAACCAGACAGCUGCUGUCUCGUUUAGCAUCUAGUAUGUCAUCGACAUUUUUCUCACGAAGAUCUAGCCAAGACUCAUUGCCUACAAGAUCAUUAGGCUCUGAGGAGUCAUGCAUAGUUCCAAGAGUUCAAACUUCUAGCUUGUCCAGCACUAAUGCAGCUGCAGCUGCUGAAGUUCCAGGACUUCAGACAUCUGAAGCUUCUCAGGGAUUUAGUUUUCUUAGACGAAGAUGGGGUUUAGCAGGAGUUUCACAAAAUCAUAACUCUGACUCUGACGGGGAAAGUUACAGACCAGAUUCUGAAAGUAGGAGCACAGGAUCCUGGUUAUCAUCAUCUUUGAGGAACAGAUGUACACCUCUCUUCUCUAGAAGGAGGAGAGAAGGAAGAGAUGAAUCGGCAAGGAUCUCUGCCUCUGAUGCACCUGCUAGAUCACAACAUGUCUUCAGAAGGAGAGAGUCAGGUGAGGAGACAUCUCUUGAAGAGUCAGAUAGCCCUCCUAGGGCUUCUGUUAACAGGCCACCAACACCUGCAGUAUCUGGUAUCCCUACAGCUACUGCUUCCCCACCAGAUUCAACCCACAGUAGGAGACAUUCUGGAAUUCUGCCUGGUUCUCUCUUUCGCUUUGCAGUGCCUCCAACAUUAGGAAGCAGUCUAUCUGACAAUCUUAUGAUAACUGUAGAUAUUAUUCCCACUGGCUGGAAUCAAUCUGAUGGACAAGAAAGUGACAAGUCUAAAAUACCGCCUUCAAGAGAUCCAGAAAGACUCCAGAAAAUUAAAGAGAGCCUGCUUUUAGAAGAUUCUGAAGAUGAAGAGGGUGACUUGUGCAGAAUCUGUCAGAUGUCUUCUGCAAAUUCUAACAACCUCUUGAUAGAGCCAUGCAAAUGUACUGGAAGUCUGCAGUAUGUUCACCAGGAAUGCAUGAAAAAGUGGCUGCAGUCCAAGAUUAAUUCAGGUUCUUCUUUGGAAGCAGUAACUACUUGUGAACUGUGUAAAGAGAAGUUGCAUCUUAAUCUUGAAGACUUUGAUAUUCAUGAACUCUAUAGGGCACAUGCAAAUGAACAAGCAGACUAUGAAUUCAUCAGCUCUGGUCUCUACCUUGUAGUGUUGUUACACUUAUGUGAACAGCGCUUUUCUGAUAUGCUAGGAUCUGCAAGCGAGGCCAGCACACGGGUCAGACUUCUGAGGACGAUUCUGAAGACAGUGAUGCUGGUAGAACUUUUGACACUGCUUAGUACUGCUUAUGGCAGUGGAAGUGCUGUGGAGAUGUUGAGCUGGCAAAGAAAAACAUCAAUGUGCAUUUAUUUUCUUGCUUUCUUUAGUAAAAUGAGCAUUAAGUAUUACUGUAGUUUUUGAAGCAUUGUUGAAUUCAAAAUCAACUGCUGCCAAGUGGAACUCAGUGGACUUGAGAACUACUCAGCAUGUGUAAGAAUUAGAUAUAUAAAGCAACUUCCCUUUUUAAAUCAUGGGAUGAUAGGCGUUAUUUUGAAGAACUUCAAAUUUUAAAUAUUUAAGAUGUAAUUCCCUUCAUGCUCCCUUCUUAUUGUAGUCAGGUUUCUGGUUUUAUCUACGAAGUUUUACUCCUCUACUGCACUAAGUGGUAAUUGUGGGUUUUGGGGGGUGGGGAGGGUGGGAUGUGGGGAAUAUCCUUGUGCUUAAUUUUUUGUUAAUGCCUCUGUGUCAUAACUGAUUGCUUGCAGUGUUAACAUCAGAUGAGCAGGAAGAUAAGUAAGACACUGUAAAGAUUGUUUGGUUUUCAGUUUAUUUGAAGUGUGUUUCACUCAAAAAGCAAUAAGAACUUGUGGACUUCUAGCAAUUGAUGAUGGAUUUUUUUUAUGAACUGGUUAUGAAACUGGAGAUUAUAUUUGAUAUCAUGUGGCUAUUCCGUUGUGGAAUAUUCA